AUGUCUUCUUAUUUGAAAGCAUCAUUUACCGGUAUAUUUCUCGAGUUGUUAUAGGUAAAUUGUUGUAAUUUUCAGAAAUGUCCGGGGAAACAGUUCCGUCGAUAUUGACAUCGUUCAGGGCUCUGUUCCGAACGGACAUUGCUGGUCCUGAGGGUAUUAAUGUUUAUGUUUUACCUAGAACUGAUGCUCAUCAGGUAUGUGAUUAGUAUAAAGUUAGUUUGUUUGAGAUGAUAACACCUUUAGUCCCUUUUGAUAAAAUAAUGAUUUAGAGUGAAUACAUUUGUGCCAAAGAUGGUCGUGUUCAAUUUUUGACUGGCUUCUCGGGUUCUAAUGGAUUCUGUGUGAUAACGGAAUCGGAAGCGCUUCUCUGGACUGACAGUCGAUAUUUUGAUCAAGCUGGACGAGAACUGUAUCCUGGAUGGUCAUUAAUGAAGCAAGGAGUAGUUGGAGUACCUACUCCAAUGGCGUGGCUUCUUCAGAACACACCUCAGGGAUCAAGAGUUGGAUUCGAUCCUCAAUUGUUUGGCAAGGGUAGGUUAAUUUUGCAAGUAUAGCUUAAUGUACCAAAUAUUUUUGUAUUAAAGUUUUAGUAGGUAUUAAAUUACGAUUUUCUUUGCUUUUUGAAGUAAAAAAGUAGUUAUAGUAUUACUUAUACAUGGAUUAUGUUUAGGAAGCUCUGACGAACUACUAAAAGCCAUCAAAGGAGCCAAGUCGACUCCAGUGAAGCUGGGCACCAACUUGGUGGAUGUGAUUUGGGAAGAUAGACCGGAAUCCUCCAAGAAUCCUCUGAUUGUCAUGAAGCCAGAAGAACAUGGUGAAAGUAUUGAGUCGAAGUUGACCAGAGUAAGGAGCGAGAUGUCCAAAAAGAAGUGUGAUCUUGUUCUGCUGUCUGAUCUGGCUCAGAUUGCUUGUAAGUUUCUUUAUUUCUUAUAUGCAUUUGUUAAAGCUUACUUUAAUUAUUAUAAUGAAAGCCGGCUUUUUAAUGAAUUCUAACUAUUCAACCCAUUACUUUACCUUGUCGUAGUUCAAUUGAUUGCAAACUGUUAUUUUAGGGACGUUUAACUUGCGUGGAGCUGAUAUUCCUUACAAUCCGGUCUUCUUCUCGUACGCUUAUAUUACCCAUGAAGAUGCUGUACUUUUCGUGGACAAGGAGAAGAUAACGCUAGAGAUUGAGAAGCAUUUGGAGAUCGUGAAGAUUCAUCCUUAUGAAACAGCUGGGGAAUGGCUAAAGCAUUAUCACAACGAGGCCAGAAACUCCAUCUCUGGCCACAAGGUAUGGAUUCCAUCUGAAGUCAACUACUCUUUGUCAUCGUUGGUAGAUGAUGACUAUGUUCAUGAAGCUGCUUCACCUGUAUAUUCCAUGAAGGGCAUCAAGAAUGACACAGAGAUGGCUGGAAUGAGGGAAUCUCAUGUAAGUUGGUUUUGUGAAUGCUCGACAGUUGUAAUAUCUACUCUUAUGUUAAGAUGUGCUUACUGAUAUAUAUGUGAAUAAUUUAUAUUAAUUUUAUUAAAUUUUCAGAUUCGAGAUUCCGCCGCUAUCGUGCAACUCCUACUGUGGUUGAAGAAGGAAGUAGAAGCCGGCAACGAAGUAAACGAGAUCCAAGCUUCUGACAAAAUGGAGGAGUUCAGGUCCAAGCUCGACAACUUUGUUUCUCUCAGUUUCGACACUAUCUCGGCUGUGGGAGAACACGCUGCUUCCCCUCAUUAUCAUAUGACAGAGGAGAGUGGGAAGACUGUCAUCACUCCUAACCAGGUAUUCCUACUGGAUUCUGGAGGCCAAUACAGAGACGGUACUACUGAUUUGACCAGAACAGUGAUCCACACUGAAGAGCCAGAUGAAUAUGUGAAGAAGAUGUACACGUUGGUAUUGAGAGCUCACAUCAUCUGUGCGAAACAGAACUUCCCCAAGGGCAUUGAUGGUAUGUUACUGUACUUGUACUUAUUAAAUAUCGACUUUUAUGUAUAAAAAAGUUAUUUUUGAAACUGUAAAAUACAAUAUUAUUAUAGUUAAAUUUAGGUAUACGAUUGGAUGGAUUAACCAGAUCGUCGUUAUGGAGCUUGGGCUACGACUUUGGUCACGGUGUCGGGCACGGAGUCGGCCACUUUUUGAACGUGCACGAAUAUCCUCGUAAGUUCAUUUUUUAUAUACUACUUGUAUAUAAAACUCGUAGUUUACUGUAAAGAGAGUGUGUUAUGAAACAUUGUUUGAUUUUAGCUCAAAUCGGUCACCGUCUCCGAAUCGCAGAAGCCGGAAUCUACAAGGGCCAAGUGAUUACAAUCGAACCAGGAUACUACGAAACUGGAAAGUUCGGUAUUCGAAUUGAGAACUGUUACGAAAUCGUGGAAGCUAAAAACCUGGACUCGGAUUCUAAAGACUUCUUGACCUUCCAAUCCCUGACGUGGGUCCCGAUUCAAAAGACCAUGAUCAACAAGGAGUUGAUGACAGCAGAAGAGGUGAGGAGUGUCAUAAUAUUAGAUUUAUAAGUGUACGAGGGCUUUUCUAGUCAAGUAGUUCGUAGAAUAACCAUUAUCGUUGUUAUCGUUUGACCUUUUUCCAGAUCAACUGGCUGAACGAGUACCACAAUAAGUGUUUGGAGAAGACCGGCAAGUACCUGCAAGAAAAGGGUCUCCAAGAAGAAUACAACUUCUUGGCUCAGGCCUGCACUCCUUUGUGA